CCUCAUCUUGCCAGAAGAUCCCAUCACUCCCAUCACCUCCUUGCAUCAUCCACCCAUCUUAUCAAGUGUGUUUGUUGCCUGACAUCUGGAACCUUUGGCAUCAGUCUAGGUAGCAACUUCCACUUCACGCUCGCCAAUACGUAGGUACCUACCCAUGUUCUAAACACCUCCAGGCAUUGUCCCGCCCCCGCCUUCCGCUUGCCAGUCCGUCUGCCUGCACCACCCGCCCCACCUUCUCUUAAGUCUUUAUCACCGUAGGUACCCAACUCGACUCUAGCCCGCAUCUUCUCGGCAACCCGAACUACUGCCACCAUGGCCACCGACAAUGGUCCCCAAAUGGUUCAGCUGCAGAGCAAUGACAACCACAUUAUAGCUGUUGAAAGAGCUGUUGCAGAGCGGUCGCUCCUGAUCAAGAACCUGAUAGAUGAUCUUGGGGAGACUGCACUUAAGGAGAUUGUACCCAUUCCUAAUGUCACCGAACCCGUCCUCCGUAAGGUCAUAGAAUGGUGCGACCACCACCGCAACGACCCCCCCUCAACCAACGAGGACGAGUCCGACAACCGCAAGAAGACUACCGACAUUGAUGAGUGGGAUCAGAAGUUCAUGCAAGUGGAUCAAGAGAUGCUCUUUGAAAUUAUCCUGGCAUCCAACUAUCUGGAUAUCAAACCCCUGCUUGACGUUGGCUGCAAGACUGUCGCCAAUAUGAUCAAGGGAAAAUCGCCCGAGGAAAUCCGAAAGACGUUCAAUAUUACUAAUGAUUUCACGCCGGAGGAGGAGGAGCAGAUUCGACGUGAGAACGAGUGGGCCGAAGAUCGUUAGGAACCGCCCCAAGCAGAAUAAGAUGAAGUCCACUCGGGCUCGUUAGAAACCAAGGCUUGUCUAGCCGCCUUCUGCGAAGUUACCACAAUCGUCCCAAUGAGGACCCUUUCAGUAUCGUCAUGGUCAUUAGAAGGUGAAUAUGACAGCUUUACCCAUUAUUACACCGGACGAUGGCCUUGUUCAGGCUUAUGAGUUUCGGGGUUAUUAGGAUGGAUCCUCAGUAUCAAUUUUCAGAUGCACUGGAUUUAUAGUGCUGCUUAUACCAUCUCGGGAUGGGGAUGGUAGUAUAGUUUUUAUAGAAAGACAUUACAAUACCGCGUACGACCGCAGCCGUUAGUAGCAAUCGAAGGUUAUCAGUUUGAUCAAGAGAAUUGCGCACUCCUUCUUUCUUAU